AUGAAUCGUGUCACCGGUGAGACAGACUCACCUAAAUCCGCCUUUCUCGAUUGGCACAGCUUCUGUAUCUCAGUGUUGAGGUUAGAGCCCCCUCUUUUUCCACUUUUUUUGAAGGGAUUUGUGAAUGGAGCCCCAUUUGCCAUUGCUUGUGAGGCUGAGGAUUGUCUCUGCAAAUUGGUAGUGAAGAAGACGGUUCAAGCGAAGAUCGAUCGCUUGGAGAAUGUGGUGCGUUUCACUGAGAACAAACUGGCCACUGAUAUUCUCAAUGAUUGGUCGCACAAUGUUUCUUCUCUCAUGUCUCUAAUCAACGAGGCAACUCAUCUCAUCAACAAAGAGCGUAUGGUUCAUGCGGUGUGA